UCCUUUCGCCGCAGGGAAUAAAUUGAAAAACAAAACAGAAUCAUAUUAAAGGAAGGGAAGUAGAGAACCCCUCUGUUGUUGUUAAGUGUUAACCCCUCUUAUUAAAAUUUUCCGUCUUCGUCUUGUUGUUACUGAAGAACGCGGCGGGAAAACGAUGUCGUACGACGACGUGGAGAUCGAGGACAUGGAGUGGAACGAGGAGUUGCAGUCGUACACGUAUCCGUGUCCAUGCGGUGACCUCUUCCAGAUCACGAAGGAAGACCUCAAGCUCGGCGAGGAGAUCGCUCGUUGCCCUAGCUGCUCCCUCUACAUCACCGUUAUCUACAACAUCGAAGAUUUCCUCGCCGAUUCCGAUCAAAAUCGAAGAAACAAGCCUCUCGAGCCCUCCAAGCAACAAACCGUCACAGUUGCUUGAAUCUCAGAUGUCCUGAAAUGGAGGCAGCAAUAGGUUUUGUCGCGGCUUUGAUUUAUCAUAGCAUCGCAUAUCUUGUUUUGCAGAUAGGAAUUCUUGGUAUUUUAGAUGAAAAAGGGAGAAUGAAUAAUACGAGAGAUUAUGGUACAACAAGAAUAUACUAUUAUUUGUAAGAUAAUUGUUAUUUAUGGAAGGGUAAAAGGGAACCAAGAAUUUUGUAAUUGACCUCAGUUGAACUUUGAUAUGAUAUCAUAUCGCUUAUCUUGUCCUUUUAAACUUCAUAAUAUCACUCGCUCAUUUACAGAAUUAUAG